AUGUUGACAAUCAACGGUAUAGCCAACACAGCCCAGAUCAUCAAUGCCCCAUGCCAGCGUUUGGCUACAUACGUGGGAUUGUUCUGGAUGAUCAGGCCCUCGAUCUGCGUCCCAAUCAAGUAUGGCGAGGUGGCAACGUUGGCCCACCAUGAAAACACCUACACUGUGUCAGAUAGAAUAUACAUACUCAAGAAAGCAUUUUGCCGUCUCAUCCUAUCGUACGGUCAGUGGAAGAGGCCCUUCUUCAGGCAGCACUUUGAUCUACCUCACCUAGUAAAAAAACUCAAGAAUCGGGAGCUAAGUCAUAUGUCCAAUGAUACUGAGCCCCAGCAAUGGGGAUCCUACACAGACGACAGACAUGGACGCAAGUUUACCCCAGCAAAAGUGCCAGGCCGAGGGACCCGACAAUGGCCAACAUCAGGCCGUAGACAAUCGCGACAGGGCCUCCAUUCUCCAACCCCGCGUACAAACUGGCACCGAUCGCUUCCCAGGAUGCCUGCGAUGUCGCCGCAAACGCAAGCAUGGGAAGGAAACCUAGAUAUCUCCGGUCGUCCAGAGUCAGUAUGUACCGAUUUUGAAAAUCUCGAUUCUUGGGACGAGGAAAGUUUGCAGGAUACCUCGAGGCGUGGUUUCGGUCGAUGCCCGUUCGCCCCUGAAGGCAUCGCCUGA